AUGGAAAACCCAGACACUACAAAACCCACAAGAUCACCACCACCCCCGCCGCCGCAACAACAACCAGACCCCAAGAAGCUCAAAAUGUCCACCACCACCACCGACGACGAACAAACCGCCGCCACCACCCAAAAGCAACGCCUCAAACGCCGCAAGGUCGCAAUCUUCUUCGCCUACUGCGGCGUCGGAUACCAAGGAAUGCAAAAGAAUCCCGGCGCCAAGACCAUCGAAGGCGACCUCGAAGAAGCCCUCUACCUCUCCGGCGCCGUUCCGGAGCAAGACCGCAGCAACCCCAAGCGUUACGACUGGGCCCGCUCGGCCCGGACCGAUAAGGGCGUCAGCGCCGUGGGCCAGGUCGUGUCGGGUCGGUUCUAUGUCGACCCGCCGGGGUUCGUGGACCGCCUCAAUUCGCACCUCUCCCCGCAAAUUCGGAUUUUCGGGUACAAGCGCGUGACGGCGUCGUUUAAUGCGAAGAAGUUUUGUGAUCGGAGGAGGUAUGUUUAUCUUAUUCCUGUCUUUGCUCUUGAUCCGAGUGCGCAUAGGGAUAGAGAGAGUGUGAAGGCUAGUUUGGGGUCUGAUGAGGAGUUUGUUAAGUGCUUGGAGUGCUCUGAUAGGGGCCGAAAAGUCGGUGGAUUAAUGGGUAAGCGCACUUAUCAAUUGAGAGGAGGUAAUAGUUACAAUUCGGAAUCGGUAACCGAAAUUAGCACUAAUGAUGAUAUGAAAAUCGACAAUGAUAUUGAGGGUGAGGAUAAUGUGGUGGUUGGCAAUGCUGAUAUGAACUCUGCGGAGGAGGUGAAUGGAGGGGAGAAGAAGGCUGUGGAGGGGAGCGGGUUUUGUUACGGUGAGAAGGAGAAGGAAAGGUUUAAUAGGAUCUUGAGUUGUUAUCAGGGUACUCACAACUUCCAUAACUUCACCACUAGAACUAAGGCUGAGGACCCUGCUGCCAUACGGUACAUUAUUUCGUUCAGUGCAAAUGCCACGGUUACGGUUGAGGGUAUUGAGUUUGUGAAGUGUGAGGUUGUGGGGCAGAGCUUCAUGCUUCAUCAGAUUAGGAAGUUGAUUGGGCUGGCGGUGGCGAUCAUGAGGAACUGUGCUCCUGAGUCGUUGUUAGAAAGAGCUUUACAAAAGGAUGUUAACGUUAAUGUGCCGACGGCUCCUGAGGUUGGUUUGUACUUGGAUGAGUGCUUCUUCUCAUCAUAUAACCAGAAAUGGGGAGAUACUCAUGAGGAAGUGUCAAUGAAAGGCUAUGAGGCAGAGGCGGAAGCUUUCAAAAUGAAGCAUAUAUACACUCAUAUUGGAGCUACUGAGCAUAAAGAAGGUGUUGUGGGUCUCUGGUUGCACUCUCUAAAUCACCGCAAUUAUCCGGAUUUAGGUGCUGAGAACAAUGGAGACACCAGCAAUGGAAAGACUGCCGAGAUCUCCAGUACUGACAACAAUGGAGACACCAUCAACUGUAAAACUGCUGAUAUAAGUGCCGACAACAAUGGAGAUACCAGCAACGUGAAGACUGCCGAUAUCUCCAGUGUUGACAACAAUGGACAUACCAGCAUCUGUAAAACUGCUGAUAUCAGUGCUGAGAACAAUGGAGAUACCUGCAACGGAAAGACUGCUGAUAUCACCAUUGCUGAAAACAAUGGAGACACCAGCAAGUGUAAAACUGCCUAUAUCAGUGCUGACCACAGUGGAGAUGCCAGCAAUGGAGACACCACGGUGGAAAAAAAGACUGAUGAUAUCGCCAGUGCGGAUAACAACCAGGACACCAGCAGGGCCGAGUAACUUGUUUCAGAGAUGAUCAGGUUUCUUCCAUGUACGCUUAUUUCUUUCUUCAGUAUUCACAAGUUACAACUGACUAUUAGCCUACACAACCUUUCACAUCUUCUAGGAAACAAUUAGUAGUUCUUGUGAAGCUGCAUUGUAAUGGAAACUUUGAUGUAUUACUCAUGAAUUAGAGAGGUUUAUUGCUGAAAAUUAUUUGCUACUGGGCCUCUAAACCAUUGUCUGAGAGCCCAGAAUGUAAAGCCCAGUUACCAAGGGCCUUGCUAGUUUCAUCUCCAUAGUCAAAGUCAUCAACUUUC